AUGAAGUGACAAUAGACUUCUGGUCUGCUUUUUGGGGUUUAUGAGGUUUUAGGGUUCAGCUUUUCCCGGAAGCAGCUGUUUAGGGUUUAUGAGAUUUUAAGAUAUUCGCUUUCGAUUCGAAAACCAUGGCUUUCUGGGGAGUGGAAGUCAGACCCGGAAAAUCUUUCACUCAUAAAUUUGAUGACUUGAAAGGACGACUCCAUAUUUCAAUGGCCACUUUGGGGGUUGGCUCUGUUCCAGCCAAAAGCAGACUUCAGUGUAAUGUGGGCAACAAUAGCCCUGUUUAUCUAUGUUCUCUGUCUUCUGGAACGAAUGAGUCAUUGCAACUUAAUUUGGAAUUUGAGGAGGUUGAUGAUGUCAUCUUUUCAGUGAUUGGUCCUCGGAGUAUUCACUUGUGUGGUUACUAUCUUGGUAGUGGCCGAAGAACCAAUACGAUUGAGGAGUCAGAAUCCUAUGGAGAAGAUAUUGCAAACACCGAGACAGAUAGAUCUGAUUGCAGCGGAGAAGAUGAGUAUGAGGAUAGUUUUAUUGAUGAUGAUGCGAAUCCAGAGGUCUACCCAGAAUCACGUAUUUCAAGUGAAGAGGAAGUUUCACAUGUUAACAAACGUAAAGGUAGUCGCCGCCGACUACAGAAGAAGCACCAAAGAGUAGAUUCAGAUGAUGACAGUUUGCCAAUUUCAUCUAUUUACAAGAGUAAAGCUUCUGCAAAGGUUUUGUCUGAGGAAAUGGAUGUUAGUGAUGACGGGAGACAAAGUGAUGCCAGCCACAAGAAUGGUGAAGAUGAUGGCAACAACGCUAUUAAAUCAAAUUCAAAAUCAAAAGCUGGCAAUGGUCCUCUAGAUGCUAAGACACAUAGGGAUGUUGCAUUGCCUGCCACUGUAGUAGGUCCUGUAAAAAGUGGAGGAACAAAGAGGAAAAAGAAAGAACAGGCUUCCAAAGAUUCACAUUUUGAAGAUGACAAUGCUUACUGUAGGGAGCCCAAAGCCCAGAGAGAGGCAGAGACUGAUAUUGCUAUCCCCAAAGUUUCUGAAGGAGAGAAUCAAGAUUUGCUGCCAAACAACAAAGAGAGUGGGGACAAUGGCACUCAUGACUUUCCUGAUGGAAAUCAAUCUGGUGAUGGAAAAAUGAAAAAGAGGAGGAAAAAAGACAAAAGUCAGGGGGAUGUAGAAGUUAAUACUUCUGACAUGCCUCAAUCAACUGUUAAUGAAGAUAUUAAGGCCGUGAAAAAGGAUGAAUACAUUAUGGCUGAUGCGAAGCCUUCUGAAGUUAAAACAUUGCCAAACGGUUUAGUUAUUCAGGAGCUAGAAAAGGGGCUAGAAGAUGGAAAAGUUGCUGCAUUAGGGAGAAAGAUUAGCGUCCUUUUCACUGGCAAGCUCAAGGAUAAUGAUGAAGUCUUUGAGACAAAUGUUGGUCAUGCACCUUACAAGUUUCGCCUUGGCAAAGGACAAGUUAUAGAGGGUUGGGAUGUUGGCCUUGAAGGCAUGCGAAUGGGAGGAAAGAGAAGACUCAUAAUCCCACCGUCCAUGGGGUUUGGUAGUGAAGGACACGACACAAAAGUACCACCAAACUCGUGGCUAGUUUACGACUUUGAAUUGGUUAAAGUCCGUUGACUGAAGCAACUGGUCAUGGCUGAUAUCAUUUUUUGGCUGAACUUGGAAAAUUUUGGGGGAGAAAAUCCUGGAGAUUCCAAGCUACACUCGUUAUUCUCUUUGUUGGGAUUGAAUCUGGUGCAAUAUAGCAGUAGGUAGUUUGAGUUUUUGUUGUAGAAAGAUGGCAGAGGUAUAUCACUGAUCGAAAUAUCAGGUUUUUAGUUCUUUUUCCCACUUGAAUGCCUAUGAGAACAGAUGAUUCGGGGGGGGGGGGGGGGACAAGAAGAAAACAGAAAUCUACUGGAUCCUGCACCAUCGAGCACAAUCAUUUAUGUUUGACCAUCGGUUAUCA